ACAAGUUUUUUCUCAGUCCUCGAAUCAUUAUAAAGCAUGGACGAGCAGCUGCAGCGAGCGGCCGAAGAUGGGGACAUCGACAAGCUCUAUGCGCGCCUAGCCAGUAAUCCGCACAUUCUCCAGCGAAUAGACGACACGCCGUACGCCAACACCCCUUUGCAUAUGUCUGCGUGUGUAGGUGAAACGCUAUUCGCCAUGGAAAUUGCCACUCUGAGGCCAUCGCUCGCUCGUAAACUCAACCAUCUCGGGCUGAGCCCGAUGCACUUGGCCUUGCAAAACGGUCAGGUUCAGACGGUGAGAGCAUUGAUGACCGUCGACGUGGACUUGAUCAGGGUCAAAGGGAGAGGGAGGGUUACUCCGUUGCAUUACGCGGCUGAGAUUGAGGCGGACGUGCUCUUGGCUGAGUUCCUCUCCGCCUGCCCAUCGUCCAUCGAGGACUUGACGAGCAGGUGCGAGACAGCGGUUCAUGUUGCCGUGAAGAAUGGCAAACUUAACUCGGUCAAGGUAUUGGUUGGAUGGCUGAUGCGAGUCAAGAUGGAAGAGAUACUGAAUUGGAAUGACGAGGAUGGCAAUACCGUCCUGCAUAUUGCUACCCUCACGAAUCAGCCUGAGGUCAUCAAAUUGCUGAUUGGGCGUAUGAAUGUGAACGCAAAGAAUUUUGAAGGCUUGACUGCUCUAGACAUCUUCUAUGAGCGAUUUCAGCAUAAUAACAAGGAAGAAGUGGGAAAAAUCCUGCGCAAUGCCAAUGCAAAACGAGCUUCAAGCCUCUCUGGCGUCACAGGGCUUUCAGAUCACUUGAGUCGGCAACUUACCUUCUCCGAACUGCAGGACAGAUUCUUAAAUGUCCUUGGAAACGGCAGCAACACUAAAUCACCUCGUGACAUGAUCCUCGUGGUGGCUGGUCUGGUUGCGGCUGCCACGUACCAAGCUGUUCUUAGUCCUCCGGGAGGAUAUUGGCAAGACGAUCACUCUCCAAACACCACCACGGCCACUGCAACAGCCACCUCCACUGCAACUGCUGGUAGAGAGGGAAAACCGCAUUCUGCUGGAAAAAUGAUCAUGAGCGGACCCUGUCUGUACCUCUUCUUGGGAUAUAAUACCGCAGCAUUUCUGACCUCUGCAUGCACAAUUCUCGACCUUUUACUUUGACUUCCUUGCACAUUGAUGCUCAGAUUAUCUAUGUCCUUUCUCCUGAUGAACUACUACACUGGACUCAUUAGUAAUUUCCCAUUAGUAAAUCAUGGGGAUGCUUAUCUCUUCUUUAGGCUCCUGGGUUAUAUACUUGUGGUGGCAGGGUGCUGGGUUCCUGUGUAUAUGUUCAGCCGACACAAGAAGCGUCCCCACCACAUAGAUACUCCAAAGAGACGCAUAGGAAACUCUGUUACCGGUUGAGAUUGAGAUGUUUAGUUGACAUUAACAUUGGCUUCUAUAUAUGAAGUCAAUGUAUACUGGGAAUGGAUAAUAUAUGUAAUUAGGUGAGGGAAGCACCCUUUCAGUCAGGGUUCUCUGGGUCAUUUAUUGUAUAUCCUAGAUAUGGCCGCUUGUUCACUCUGAGAUAGAGAGAAUGCACAAUAAGUUAACCAUCAAGGUUAUUUUGGAA